AUGGAGGAUAAGAUCAACGAUCUGAUUCACAAGCCACCCAAUUUGAUUCAGGAAAGCUUGAAACAAUUGAGAUACCAUGUUCUGAUUGAUGGCCUGCAGACCGAUGGCUCUGGAGACUGCCACUACCGCAACUAUGUGUGGACGAUUCUGCUUCAAGUCGAGCUGCCCCCCGCAGAACAGUACCUCAAGCUUGUGUCGAGCGGGCCUAGUGAUUCGGACGCUAAAAUACACAACGAUACAUUUAGGACAAUGGCAACGGACCCGAUGUUUAAAUCAAAGGUAUCAGAAGAGGCGCUGGCUCGAGUUCUCAACGCCUAUGCCACUGCUCACCCUGACCGCACUUAUGUUCAGGGCAUGAACGUCAUAGCCGCUCCGUUUUUGUAUGUGUCUCGUUCAGAGUCUCAGGCAUUCACGCUUUUCAACCAUUUUGUUCUUACCCGUUGCUCAUUGUACGUCACACCCACCCUCAGUGGAGUGCACACUGGGCUCGAUCUGGUCGAUCUUAUUCUCGAAUUGACGGAUCCACCUCUCUACCAGCAUCUACGAUCAAAGCUACUCACUGCAAACCUCUAUGCAUUCGCGUCAGUAAUGACUUUCAGUGCGUGUACGCCGCCAUUGAGAGAAGUGCUCGUACUGUGGGACAUUUUAAUGGCCUACGGUGCGCACUUGAACUUGCUCAUGGUUGUAGCGCAAUUGGUCAUGAUCAGAACUGAGCUGCUCAAUUCAGAUAAACCAAUGUCUCUGCUCCGCUCAUUUCCCCCCUUGAAAGCCCGCGAUAUCAAGUCUAUGACCCUGGCUGUGCUUGAAAAAAUGCCCGAACAAGUUUACGACAUGAUCGUGAGACAUGCAUGGGAUCCCAAAGUGGGCCGGGAGCUCGCAGAGUAUCGCAGAAGACGUCGAAAUUAG